AUGCAGUAUAUUUCAUUACAUCAAGUAUAUUUCGUAUACUCAAAUAAUUAACACUUCAGGGUAAGCAACGAACAUUAUAAGUUCAUGGCUGAAGGAACAAUUGAAAAUGAACCAAAACUAAUGUCGAUGGGAAGAUAUAGGUUAAUGGAAAGCGUUUGUGUGGCAGCACUAUUUUUGGGUUGGUUACUGGCAGUCGUAAUCUCAUUUGUACUCAUUAACAAUUAUUAAUUACUAAGGAACUUGUUUUUGGAAGUUUCAAUAUGAAGAAAGGAAGUUGAAAAAUGUCGAAUUAAUAAACGUUGAAAUGAAAAUAUUUCAAGUUAAUUUAAUAAUGUUUAUUUUUUUAAUCAUAUAAGUUAUAUGUUAAUUAACAUGUUAGCUGUGGUUAUGGUCCCUGGGUUUCGAUAUUCAUCUCGUCUGCCAAGAGAGCAGGAUUGUUUCAUAUUUUGCCUACUUUACGAAGUCUCUAAAAUGUUUACUUUAAAAAAUAUUUGAAUGGGAGUUGGAUAGAUGUAAAGAUACAAACGUAAAUAAUCAUUAUUGGUAAAUGGUUGACUGUCGUGAAUAAUGAAGAGAAGAAUAGUUGGGGUGAUCAGUCAAAUAAGAAAUUUGUCGCCACUAUACAUCCCUUCUCUCCACCCACACCCUCACUAACACGCUCAUUGCUUAGAUUUACGUCUCCGCUGUCAGGUGGGUUUUCUCUUUCUUUUUCUUUCUUAUUCUCUUUCUUCUUUCAGCCUUCUCAGUUUCUUUCCUCCUUCCUUUCAUCCCUCUGCUCUGUUUUAACUCUGUAUUAUAUUAUACGUUGUCUAUACAUCUUGAUAGACUUUACAUCUCAAUUUUCUAUCUAACUACUCUCUCUAUUCACAAUAUCUUAAUUUUACUGUUUAUUUCCAUUUCUUAUAAAACUUCAUAUUUUUCUGUUUUACAUUUUAUUCUAAGAUUCCCAUUUUAAUACUUAUGUCACCUUUUUUGAUCAUGUUUACUUCAUCAUUCCACACUAUGUACCGCUUAUUAUCAUUUAUCUCUUUGUUCUUACUAUUGUCAUUAUUCUAACAACUGAAUUUUGCUUUAAUUUUUUUACCUACACUACUUAUGUUUCUCAUACCUUGUUAUCUGGUUCUUUUCUUAGCCCUGAUGAUGGCCUGAACUUCAGGUCGAAACGUCAGCUGAUGUCAAAAUAAAUAGUAUCAUUUAUUUUUGCCUUCUUAUUUGACUGAUCAUCCCAACUAUUCUUCUCUUCGUAAAUAAUCAUUAUAUCGGACAUAAAUCUGUAGGACACCAGGGACCGAUAUCGUACCAGACUGAUAAAAAUUAUUUCCCAACGGUAUUAUCCCCGUCGACCAAUACAUAUUCCUGCCAUGACAGGACAGUGCACAUUUAUGUUGAAAAAGAUAAUGUUUGGAACAUUGGCGGUCAAUUCUUGAAUCAUUUUUAACAUGAAAAAAGAAAAACCCAUUUCAAUUAAAAAGUUCCAAUCGGUUCUCGCUGAUGAACUUGCAACUCAGCGCUGACCACUGUUACCACGUUCAUUAUUUUAUUAAGCCUUCCGGUGAAGGAAGAAAACAUUAAACGCAAUGUAGGGAAUGCUACAGAGAAUUGAAAGAGAGCCUUACAAUUAAGGAGGCAAAUAAGAAAACACGAAAAGUCACAGACUGUGAUGGUGUGCCGGGAUUCCAUUUGCCGCACUUCAGCCAGUAACACAAGCAGUUAGCAACUUAAUACUUCACUUUCAUUUUUCCUCUUCUUAAAAUAAAUUCCAAUGUAAUAGUGAAUACUCAAAUACCUAUUAUAUUUUUCUGACAUUGCCACAAUAUGGUACUUAUUAUGUAGCUUCGAUUUUUUAUAUUAUAUUUUUAUCUUGACAUUAAAAAAGUAUCACACAAAUAAUGUAUAAAUUAUGUCAUGAAAGUUAUAAUUAUAUGUAAUAAAUAAACUAUAUGCAAUACACUAUAUACAACUGAAGGACACCUUCAGUGCUCGAAACACGCCCUGAUGAUGACCCACAUACUUGGGUUUAUACUUCGGCAGCAAUAAACAUCUUAAAAAUGACUGUGUUCGGACUACUUAUCAACUAUGAUACGUAGAACAGUCAACUUACUUCCUUCAAUGAAAUCAGGACAUUAAAAUAAACUAUAAAAGUAAUAAACAAGAAUUAUAAAAUAUAUGUAAUUUAAAAGAUACAAAAUAUAAAAGAUGUAUCAUAAAAAUACUUAUAAAAAAUAUAAUUACAUAACAUCAAACAAUAUUAAUCAGUUCCAUACAUCAUGUGCUAUAAUCAUAAUUAUUUAAUGGUGAAAAUAUUUAUAACAUCUCGAGAUCAUUUAUAUUAAAUUUCAUUACUGAUGAAAAGGAGGAACCCAGCCACCGAAUUUUCUCUCUAGUUCUUCCGCUACGGCGAUACAAAGAUGGUCAUUGUUCAAACUAGCUACAACCUAUACAUAUUUGAGUCAGAAUUGUAAUAAUUUCAAAAUAAUAAUAAAUAUACAAACUUAUUUUAUACUGUUCUAACCUGCACACCAAUUGGUAAACCAUUCUUGGUCAGACCGAGUGGAACUUGUGUCGCUGGGAGCUUAAGGACGUUCAUUAUUGCCCAAUAAGCGAAGUUAUAGGGCCUCAGCAAAGAAACGUAAUGGUGAGGUGCUUCUGUAGGGCAGUUGGGGAAAAGUAACACUCCGUUAUCUCCUAAAAGUUCCUAGAAAAAAGAAAUAAACAUUAAAUGCUCAUAGUACAGUAAAUUAAUCCACUGUUGAUUUAUAGCUAUAAGAAGUGUGACAGUUGCAGUUCAAUCCUUGUUUAAAAGCUGAAAGUAAACUUGGAACAAUGACGGAAACAAUGGAAGAAAUUCAGUAAUUGAAUGACCAAUGGCUCAGUGUAUCCAUCAGCUCUUAAGGUCAAUGGAUCUACAGAAUGUAACCUCAUGAUAACCUCAAUGUAGUUAUUUCCCAAUCGACUUAACAUAUUUAUAAUUGAUUAACCACAUAUCUAUAUUUAUUUCUGUUGUUUUAAAUUCUACAAUUCAGUAAGUAUUUAUUUCCUUACGUAUUUUUUAAAAUUUAUCAUUUUUAAAAAAAAAUAAAUGUGUUAAUCUUCCACUGGAAUCCAUCAGAUCAUCCCUAAAAUUUUCAUAAAUAGCUGUUUAAGGCUGCUGGAUUCAAUCAAUCAAUGAAAUCCAUAGAUGGAAUAAGCGCUGAGUUUAGGAACUUGCCCUUGAUGAAGGUCUCAAAACAUGGUGUAUAUAAAACAGC